AUGCUCUCACUUGAAGAGACACCAAGAUGGAUUAUCUUCACGGCUAUCUCAUCAGCGCUGUGCAUUUUAGGAAGUCUGUGCGUUCCUCUUUUUUCCCUCAUGUUUCGCCGGGCUUCAUCGGUAAAUUCGAGACUGCUCAACUAUGGGCUGUCGAUAAGUGCGGGUUCGAUGAUCACUACAAGUCUAUACAAGAUGUUGCCUAAAAUGAAUGAGGAAGACCGCUUUGUUAUUUUCAUUGGGUUUGUGCUGGGAGUCGUAAUAAGCUCUAUCCUGAACUUUGUGGUCCACGCAUACACGAGCGAGAGCCUGGUGCAUUGUAGCCAUGGCUCUGAACACGACAACGAUUCAGGCUCGAGCCCAGAAUCUCGUGAACAAGUUCAUGCCGCUCAGGAUCAAAGUACUACAGAGGGUGCUGCCAUUCAUAAUGACCACGGUCGUCCUAAUCACGAAACUGAACAGCAACCGCUCCAGUCGCAGCGCCCACCACUACAAUCCACUAACUCUGCAUCACUGCGGCACAAAAAGUCUUUGAUUGAUAUUUUUGCGCGAAAAAGCUCUAACGCUGGAAAUUGUUACGGAUCUACGUACUGCACUCCAAACUCUAAAGCCUCGGCCAAACCCGAGUUUGAUAAAGACGUCGUCACAUGCCUUGGCGACACUUCCAAGAAAGCACUUAUGUGUCCUGAGAACGGUAUCGGCUACGACCUCGAGAACUUGUCUAUGUACCGCGCCAACUUCCUCAAAGGUGAGGAUCCCCACGAGCACCCACAUCAUCAUGUUUCUAACGACUCAUCAUCAGUCUCAGCAGAGAGCACAAGUAGCAAAGAAGAGCACCAUCAUCACCAUACGGCGACCCCGUUUUCGAAACUUCUCUCCAUCGGUAUUCAAACGUGCUUGGUCAUCUCCCUGCAUAAGUUCCCAGAAGGUUUUAUUGUAUUUUUCACCAAUAAGAACGACUCGGACUCCAAAUCAUUUGGCAUGUCUAUUUUUUUGAGUCUGGCAAUCCACAAUUUUAUAGAGGGCUUUGCUAUGACUUUACCGCUCUAUGCGGCCUUCAAGACGAAAUGGCAUGCCAUACUAACCACUGCCGUUCUAGGGGGAGGUUCUCAACCCUUGGGUGCAUUGGUUGGCUAUUUGAUUUUCAAGAAAACCGGGUCUCAAGAAUUGCACAUCAACUUUCUUCUUAGUAUCACAUCGGGUUUUCUCUUUGUAAUUGGACUUCAGAUGUUUCAAACUGCUAUUGGGUUCAGUGAUUCUCACCACCACCACCGCGAAAUUAGUGAGGAAACCGAUGACGAGCCUCACUCCUUGGCCACAACCUGUUUGAAAUGGUGCUGUUUUGGUGUAGUUUUGAUUUUAGCCAGCGGCUUGUUUGCUUAA